GAGAGUGCGGAAGUGGUAGGCGGAGCUAGUGCUGUUUAUCUUCCUCCGUCACACAGAGCAGGCCCCGACACCCGGGACUCCGACACCCGACACCCCGACACCCGCGGCCCCGGCUCCGGCAGACAUGAAGUUCGUGUAUAAGGAGGAACACGCUUUCGAGAAGCGGCGCUCAGAGGGCGAGAAGAUCCGGAAGAAAUACCCGGAUCGAGUCCCUGUAAUUGUGGAGAAGGCUCCAAAGGCCAGAAUUGGAGAUCUGGACAAAAAGAAAUACUUGGUGCCGUCAGAUCUGACAGUCGGCCAGUUUUACUUUCUCAUUAGGAAAAGAAUCCAUUUGCGCGCAGAAGACGCCCUCUUUUUCUUUGUCAACAAUGUAAUCCCCCCAACCAGUGCCACCAUGGGGCAACUCUACCAGGAACACCACGAGGAGGACUGCUUCCUGUAUAUUGCCUAUAGUGACGAGAGUGUAUAUGGAAUGUAACCCCCCCCCAAUGUGACUCUUCCCUUUACCAUCCUGUAAUCUCUGUGACUGCCCCCUAUGUCAGAGGGUGGGAACUGCUCCUGUAAAUGGAGCGCUUAUCACAACCCUUCCCUGCCCCAUACAGGGGCCAUUCGUAAUAAAAUGAUUGACAAUG